AUGCCUCCUUCCGGCGAACCGAAUAAAUCGCCCAAACCACAACCGAUUGGUAACGAGGCCUUCAUCCUCCUCUUUACACUCUGCACCCUCUGCGCACUCUUUAUCCUCUGGCGUCGGGCAAAUAGCAUUCGGACUGUCGUUGCGCACCAAUUGAAGACAUGGACAAGUACAGAAGGCCGUAUACGCCUCUCAGAGGAUGAUGGUCCACCUGCACGCAGCUUUGUAGAAGACGACGCCGAUGAUGAUGCAGAUGAUGCAGAACCGCUUGCGAUGCGUGUCGAACGGCUGAGGAACGCUCGUAAAAGCACGGACGCUAACGACCCACCUCCCAUUCCACCGCAUAAAGCCCAAGUCCCGGAAGACCCUCUGCUGGCAUGAGUGUCAUCACCCUCACAAAGUAAACUUCCCUUGCGACUCUCACACUCAUCAAUACCUCCUCACACUGAUUCCACAAAGGCCAUUUACUCAUCCUCCCUCAUUAUCGUGUACGAUUAAUUUCUGCAUCUACGUAUAUCCCUCGCAGCCCAUCAUCAUCAUCAAAUUCGGACGAUCCCGUGUACGAGAAAAUGAUAUAGCCGAACAAUCCAAUCAAGAAAC